AUGUCCACCGUGGACAUGUACAUCGACGGGGCUGUCGCCUCCAUGUGCGCCACCGUUAUUUCAAACCCCUUUGACGUGAUGCGAACACGCAUGCAGCUGCAGGGAGAGCUGUGCAAGCGCGGCCAGUACCAGGUUGUGUACGACAACCUGGGGCAGGGUAUGCUUCGCGUGGCUCGCGAAGAGGGCCUGCGUGCCCUUCAAAAGGGCCUCGUAUCGUCUGUGAUGUGGCAGGUGAUGCAGAACGGGAUUCGAGUGGGACUGUACCCUGCUGCGCGGGCCGAGGUGAGCUAUGCGUGUGGGUCGGAUGCCAUCUACAUCUCCGUGCUCGCGGGUGCCUUGUGCGGCCUCGUGGGCAGCUACUCUUCCUCGCCAUUCCAGCUGGUGAAGACGCGCCUGCAAUCGCAGCGCAACACGAUUGCGACGGCGCGUGGCGAUGUGCUCUCGAAGGCGACGACUGGGGAGCAGUACGACUACGCUGGCGUGAAAGAUGCGUUUUGCAAGAUCUACAAGGGAGGCGGUCUGCGAGCGCUUUGGAAGGGCUCGCACAUUGCGGCGCAGCGCACGCUGGUCGGCUCUGCCGCGCAGCUCACCGCGUACGAUGUGGCGAAGCCUAUAAUUUGCCAGCGGAUGGGAUGGUCGGCCUCUGACAUCCGCGUGCACAUCUGCGCCGCCAUUUUCGCCGCCUCAUGUGUUAUGUGCGUCAUGAACCCGCUGGACGUUGUCAUGACUCGGUCCUUCAAUCACCGCGCUGGUGAGCCCGUGGCCUACUCCUCAAACCUCGCCGUAGCGACGUGGAAGAUCUACCGCAUCGAAGGCGUGCGUGGACUGUACAAGGGCUCCAUGGCGCUCUUCUCUCGCUCCGCGCCCCACAACAUUGUGACAUUCGUGGUGCUGGAGUACCUGCGCAAGCUGCGUGAGCGGUACACGAACCGCGCGUACACAUCUGGGUCGUCCGUGGACAAGUCGAUUGGGUUUAACAGGCUCAUUGAUGGAAAGAGCGGCAAGAAUGCCUCCUAG